UGCAGAGAGCCUGCAGCAUGGCUCCAGUGAGCACCGUGUACCUGGCGUCGUCGUCGCUCUUGCUUCUGCUGCUGCUGCUACUACCUGGACGCUACGAAGCUGUCCCGUUUGCCCCGACAUACAUCGACUGGAGCAGCUUCACCUGUAGCCAGCUGAAUGAAGAGAACACGGACCAGCUCGACGGAUGCCGUUUCACCGAUGUUAGCCCCGGGCAAGAAGAGGUCACCUGCAAGAUUGUUGACAAAGAAAGAGAGAACGAUGCCAUUGUGACAACGUAUCGCAAAGUAAUGCUUAUCACAGAUAAAUUCCGCCUUUUGGGAAAUAUGCCUGAUCAACAAGACGUCUACUGUGCUUCACUUGAAUCAAUGAACAUGGAAAUACGGAGCGACAUCAUUGACGAGAUUCACACAGUAGGCGAUCUUGGCCAGAACUUCAUUAACUUCCUGUACUUUGUCAAGGAUGGUAGCUACAUCAGACUCGAAUUCACGAAGCAAAUUCCAUCAGCUAUUGUCACCGUUCAUCCCGACUGCAACGAUGCUGCCAGUAAGAAGAGAGGAGGGACACACUGCGUGAAGAGCGUCAGGUUCAUGAAGGAGAUCAAGCGAGGGACCUUCCACCUAAAAUUUCCCAGUGACGAAUUCUGGAUCUUUUUCAAACGGCGCUUCAUCUCUGAGCUCGGAGGAGAGAUGACGCGCAUGAAGCUGACUUCGUCGGGACAGCUCUCUGCCAUUUCAGUGGAGUUCUUAACGGAACUUCUAUCCAGUGACGUCCACAUGAAGGAGCUGACAUUGGGCAGCAUGAAAGUUGGCAAACUGGAUGGACCAGUGGUCACUAUGCCCACACUUGAGAUCCUGCGACUUCCAGAUGACGAGAUCAUCACAAUGAGUGAAGCCACUCUGCAGGCCGUGCCGAACAUCCUGCAGUUGGACGUCGCGGGCAAUCAACUGCAGGAACUACCACAGCGGCUUCCUGAUAGACUGUUGGCCCUCAACGUUUCACGGAACCGUCUCGUGAGCUUGCCCACAGAGCUGCCUCAGACGCUCACCAACCUCAACAUUUCCUACAACGCCAUGGAGGAGCUUCAAGAGACUUUGCCAGCUGCCCUGCUCAUAAUGGACGCUUCCCACAAUGCCCUGCAGAAGCUCCCGCAUAGUCUUCCAACUAACCUCCAUCGGCUCGACGUGUCCCACAAUCGACUGCAGAUGCUACACACAGAUAUGCCGCCCAACCUGGAGAUUCUUCAGGUCGCCCAUAACCAGCUGACGACACUUGAGCCCCAGCUGCUGGCUACGCUUCAGCAUCUCCAGCUGCUGGACGUGUCUCACAACGCGCUCACUGCAGUGGACGGCGUGUGGCUGUAUCACCAGCUGCCACUGCUCAACGUCUCCCAUAACAUUAUUCGGCACGUCAGUCUUCUGGGACCUGGCAACGUGUCGCAUAUUGAUGCCUCGGAGAAUGACAUCGAGUCGUGGGAGGUCAACGCGGACCGCCUGUCGCUGGCGGGUAACCCACGGGCCGCGCUGGGGCUCCAGAAGGACAGUACUACGAGCAGAGUGGCAGUCGUGGACCUGGGGAAGAGUAUGCCGCUCAACUGUGACCCUUGCACUGCGCAGAGUGCCGUGGCUCUGCAGCUGCGACGAUGGCUCCUGCGUCAGCAGAACAAUGACUCGCUAGAUGGACCCCGAGUGGAGCGGCCAACGGAGCCGCUGUGCACGGGCCCACAGGAGCAUGCGGGCCACGCCCUGCUGCUGGAGUCGGCGCUGGAGGACAGCUCCAGCUGCCCGGGAUCGCCGCGGAACGUCGCGCUCUACCUGCUGCUUGCCGUCACCGUGCUGGCGCUCCUCGGCGGCAUCGGCGCCUUCUGCCACUUCCGCAGAUAUGAAAUAACGUACGUUAUCCACCUGAUGAAAAUGCGACGCGAGAGAAUGGCUGCUGAGAGGCGCAAUCCAGCCAGCUACAAGUACGACGCCUUCGUCUGUUAUAGCAGCGCGGACCGCCCCUGGGUGGUCGGAGAGCUGCUGCAGAAGCUGGAGCACGCCGGGGAUUCCCCUGAGGAGCCGGCGCUGCGACUCUGCCUCCACGAGAGGGACUUCCCGCUGGGCUCGCUGAUAGCGGACAACAUCGUGUCCUCCAUGCGCAACAGCCGCUCCACAGUCAUCGUUCUCUCGCAGGCGUUCGUCGACAGCCAGUGGUGCCGCUGGGAGCUGGAGUUGGCAUCUGUCAAGGUGUCGCACCUGGUGCUGCUGGAGCUGACGCGGCUGGACCGGGCGUGCCUGCCGCGCCACCUGCGCUACCUGAUGGACACCCGCACCUACCUGGAGUGGCCGCAGCAGCCCAAGCAGCAGGCCAUCAUGUGGCGCCGUCUGCGUGCGGCCCUGGCCACCCCUGCAGUAACCGCUGCAGGCGCAGAAGAGGGUCAGGUGGGGACCACUGACGCCGAUGAACAGGGCAGUCGCGCUGCAGUCCAGGCGUGAUCUACAGCACAUCAACACCCGUACUCCGCAAGCGACAUUACGGUGUUUGGACGACGAUACCACUUUUGCCACCACCGUUUUGUC